ACAACGCGCGUGGGGCACCGACUCAGGACAGGACCGAUAGAAACUAAGUACCGACUUCUUAUAUUAUUUCCUCUGGGAAAAGGGAAAACUGGAUAUAAAGGGCGAAGAAGCAUCAGAUUUAUGUAUAUAUUCUGCAAGAGGUCGCUAUCUAAAACAACCGUGCUCGCUUUCAGCUGCGACACGGCUUGAAGCUGCUGCUGAAGGAGUGGGUCAAGUGCGGUGAACUUUGCGCUUAUUAUUUGCUCGUUGUUCUAUAGUUCGCAACUUUCUCGCUCCAUUAAGCCUCAGGAAGAGAGGAGGCUGUUAACCCACCGGAUUUGAACAUGUUGGCAGUAAAUGAUUUACUAAAGCAUUUCUGCUGUACACCCAUUUUGGUGAUAACAGGCAUUCCUGGAGACGUUGUGGCUUUUUUGUAAACCACACGUUCAAGGUUACUAAUUAGGCAACGACUUUGAUGGUAAUUAGAUGAGACGUGCGCUCCGGUGGGUUAAAACUCCCGCUACAGAUAACAGAGCUCAGUGCGUUCAGAAAGGUGAGGCAGUCUGUCAUCGGUGUAAAAAAACUAAACUUCAAGGAGAAAGCUGUAUGGACUCAUAGGGCUCACACAUCAGUACAGAAAAAAAACACCGACAUUUAUGGAGGGUCACUUUGUAAAGCGGCUCUGACUGUAAAUCUGGAAUGGAGCUCUUUUCCAGUAUACAAGUGCACUGCUGAGGACCGUCGUAGCACUCCUGCCAGGGAAUAGUUUACUGCAGGUCUUUUAUUAGCGGGUUUACCGCACAAACUUAGCUCUACUUAGAGUAAAAACUAGUCAAAGGCAUUACACCGUCGAGACUGAACCGCGACGAGCGACGACCAUGGCCUCCACCUCACGGGACCGCUGCUUCUGGUUGCUCUGGAGACGGACCGUCCUCGCGCUGUGGCUGUGUGCGCUCGGGGCGCGUGGAGCGGAGGAUGACAGCACCUUCAACUCAGAGUCAUGGCUGAGGAUGUACGGCUACCUGCCCCAGGCCAGCAGGCAGAUGUCGACCAUGCGAUCAGCUCAGAUCCUGUCCAAUGCCAUCAGCGACAUGCAGCGGUUCUACGGUCUGGAGGUCACUGGACAGAUGGACCCUCAAACCAUCAGCGCCAUGAAGAGACCCCGCUGUGGUGUGCCUGACAAGUUUGGAGGCCAGAUCAAAACCAACGUGCGGCGGAAACGCUAUGCCCUCACCGGACAUAAAUGGAACAAGAACCACCUCACUUACAGUAUCCAGAACUACACUCCCAAGAUUGGAGAGUAUAACUCGUAUGAAGCCAUCCGGCGGGCCUUUAAAGUCUGGGAGAGGGUCACCCCAUUGACCUUUGACGAAAUCCCCUACCAGGAGAUCAAAUAUGGACGCCGCAAGGAGCCAGACAUUAUGAUCUUCUUCGCUUCAGGUUUUCAUGGAGACAGCUCUCCUUUUGAUGGAGAGGGGGGAUUCCUGGCUCAUGCCUACUUCCCUGGACCUGGAAUGGGUGGGGACACACAUUUUGAUUCCGAUGAGCCAUGGACCAUAGGAAACCAGAACAUACAAGGUAACGACCUCUUCUUGGUAGCAGUGCACGAGCUAGGUCAUGCCCUGGGUUUAGAGCACUCCAACAACCCACUGGCCAUCAUGGCUCCCUUUUACCAGUGGAUGGAAACUGAGAACUUCCAGUUACCUGAAGAUGACCGGCGAGGCAUACAACAGAUCUAUGGUCAGCCAGACAGCGGCCCCACCCAAGCCCUGCCCACUGUGACACCCCGUCGCCCAGAACCGAGGCCACCUCAAACACCUCCUCGGCAUCCUGAUCGCCCCAGGACUACUGAAAGGCCAGAUCACUAUGGACCCAAUAUCUGUGAAGGGAACUUCGACACAGUUGCUAUGCUCCGAGGAGAGAUGUUUGUUUUCAAGGGACGUUGGUUCUGGCGGGUGCGUAGGAACAGGGUUCUGGAUAAUUACCCUAUGCCCAUUGGUCACUUCUGGAGGGGUUUGCCUGGAGACAUAGAUGCUGCCUAUGAAAGACAGGACGGCAGGUUCGUCUUCUUUAAAGGAAACAGAUUCUGGCUUUUCAGGGAAGCUAACCUGGAACCUGGCUAUCCACUGGAGCUAAGUGAUUAUGGUCAAGAUAUUCCCUACGACCGAAUAGACACGGCCAUCUGGUGGGAGCCGUCCGGCUACACUUACUUCUUCCAAGGAGACUGGUACUGGCGUUUCAGCGAGCAGACCCGCUCAGCUGACAGAGGCUACCCGAAACCAAUCAGUGUCUGGGGAUCGUCAGUGCCCUCUACUCCCAAGGGGGCCUUCCUAAGUGAUGAUGGAGCUUACACAUUCUUUUACAAAGGUUCUAAGUACUGGAAGUUUGACAACCACCGCAUGAAGAGUGAACCAGGCUACCCCAAGUCCAUAUUGAGAGACUUCAUGGGCUGCAGUGUGGACCUGGGCCCAGAUAGAGACACGGACACAGACUCAGGACGCAAAUACCCAGAUGUGAACCGGCCACCAUUCAACCCCGACGCUGGACGUGACAGUGACAAGGGCAAAGACCACGAUGGAACGGAUCGAGGCGGAACAGACAAAGACUCAGGCAAAGGAUCAGACAAGGACAAAGACGAAGAUUACCGCGAGGGUCGUGAGGAAGACACCAACGAGGUGGACGUGGUGCUGAAGGUGGACGACAGCGAGGAGCGGACCAUGAACAUCCUGAUGGUAACCAUCCCACUGGUCCUGGUGCUGUGCAUCCUGGGACUGAUCUACGCCAUAAUCAACACGCUGCAGAGCAAAGGGGCGCCGCGGCUGCUGGUGCACUGCAAGCGCUCGCUGCAGGACUGGGUCUGACCCUUGACUUUACUUUGAACUUAAAUUGGACCUUAGACACCUGCAUCUUCUAAUCCAAGCCUCUCCCCUAGUGAUCCAUCUGUCUCAAGUCUCUUCUGCAACUCUUAGUAGUAGAUCCAUGCAAAUACUGUACUGAUAAAAUCCACACACACAAACUAAAAGCAAACAUAAAUUAUGUCUUACAUAUAUACAUACACUCUCACACUCACACACACACACACACACCAUCUUAACCUCCUCUUGUCUCCCAUGGUGCUCUACAAUGCAUUGACUGUAGUCUAUUUAUAUGAGAGAAGUUUGCACAUUGUUUUUUUUUCUAGUUGUUUUUGUUUUGGUUCAUUUUGUGUGACUUUUUGUUGUUGUUAUUAUUAUUUCUAAAACAGGAAGGCCGCUCUAUUCUCUCUCCUGUGUCUGUACCUCCCCCCUCCUUCCCCUAAUCUCAGUAGGGGCUUUUUCCUUGCCGAUAACUUGACAUCUGCUUAUGCUAUCACAGUUGCCACAAAAGAGGGACACACAAAGGGUUAGAGCAGAUUUGUAGACGGACCACUACACUUCAUGUAGGGUUUAGUAGUGCUCCUUCCUCCUUUAAUCAUCUUCUUCUUCAUCACCUCCUCCUUUGUCUCUGCAGUACAGUAUGUCAUAAGGUGAGGGCUGAGUUAGUUGACAGCAAGAGGAAUUCUGAGGCCACUUUAUUACUUAAAGUUUUUAUUACUUAAAUCUUAUUUUUGCAGUUUUGGCCAUUGAUUUUAAUGGUAAUAAUAAGACUGUACUCUCCAAGCUAAUUGCUGAGUCAGUCUCAGAGGCUUUAAAUAAGUUAGCCAGACUUAUUUGGGAGACUAAAUGAGGACAGACGGUGCAGUUAUUACUCAAACAGAUUUCACUUCCAGGUUUCACAUUGACCAACUGUACUUGCCGUAGUUGUGCAAUCGCAUCAUUUUUGGGUGCGAGGACCUUUGGACAUUUUGGUUGUACUCACUUUUGGUUUUAACUCCAAAGAAAGUUGUUCAGAAAAAAACGAAUAAGCGUUUCUGAAAAGGGCGAAUUAUUUCUUUAAAAUCUGGCUGAUUGUUUGACUGAUUGUGUAUCUUGCCUCGUCAGGCUUUCUGUAGCCAUUUUGCCAUGUUCACAGAUAUCUGCAGUGACUUUAAUGAGUACAGUAUGAUAACAGAGAGAAUUGAUGGCUAAAACUACAAAAAUAAAACCCAAGCUCUAACACAUGAUAAUUAUCCUUUAAAUUCUGCUUGCUUCAGCCUUUGUUUUUGCUCUUUAUCUUGUGCCCACGCAGCUGGACAAUCUGCUUCUUUCUUUUCCUUACUUGGAAACCAUUUAAAGACCUCUUUGGCUGAAAAGGUAAACAGACUUUAAAGGGGACCUCUUCCUUUAACUUUCAUUUAUGUGGCUAAUUCUCAGAGAGCCUCUUUUCUGUCAACAAUAAGACCUUUUAUUUGUCCUGCAGAGGAGACAGACUAAUGGUUAAUUUAAAAAGUCACUUCGCUGUUAAAUAACACAGGAGAGCUGCAUUCAUUGCAUCUGCGUGUGUGACAUAAAACAAGGGACAAACAAAGCAAAACCAUGGCCUUUAGGUUCAGAACAGGAUGUAACACCACAAAUGCAACACAGCAGUCACAGGGUACAACUAAUGUACCAUGCAAUUUAUAACAGACUUUUUACUGCUAGUGCUUUUUAAAAGGACGAUCUAAGAAACCUCACUGAUGACCUGUGGUCUUUUUGUUAUAAAGAUAGCGUAGCUGUAAGCACCAGGGUGGGCUCGGGCCAUGCGGGCUCAUGUGAACACAGACUAAUCCUCUUCAUUAAGAACAGCAGGUGUGUGCAAAUGCUGUUAACCCCCGUGACCCCUAAACUAAACUUUGAACUCCCAGAAUCAAAACACUCUCCACUCCCAUUUCAUCUCACAAGAGCAGAGAUAGGAUGAAGGAGAGUGUGUGCACAGGAAAAUGUCUGUCUCAUCUACUCAUAAUGACUGCUGAAGCAUUAAAGGACCAUACCAGAGUUUUUGAACAUAUAGCUACUUCACUACAAAUCACUGCCAACCAUUUUCAAAUGCAUGCCACAGAGUUUUACAUGGUAUGUAUGUGUUCUGCCACUGGCGGCAGCCUUUGGUUUCCAUUUUCUUUAUAUAGAGUAUGAAAACCAAGUAACACACUAUUUAACCCCAGAAAAUAAUGUAACUUAAAGCAGACUUAGCAUUAAUGUGUGUCUUGGGUGAUCCAAUCACAAGUGGACAGCUCUAAGUACAGAUGUGUGUGCACCAAGAUGCAUUGAGGACACAUUUGAGAUCCAUUCACUCAGACCACAUUUGGAGGUGGUUUGGGCCGCGUAUGGCCACGUUCUUUUAGGAGUGUGAACGUAAAUAUGUCCUGGGCCACAGUGAAGGAUCAUCUACUCCACUGACGUCCUCUCUGUAAACAGACAUACUAAUUUGUCAGCAAAUUACAAAUCGUACAAAUCAUGUAGGCUUUGUCCAUGUCUGAAAUUUUCAGAAAUCCCAAAGAGAUAUAUUAAGAGUUUGUCAAACAACUUGGGUGAUUUGGAUUGCCUGGAACACAGUUUCUUCUUCUUCUUUUACUUUCCAGUGGACAGGGGACAUCAAUUUCAUUUCUGCCUCCGGUUAAAAACAACACAUUUGGUCUAUUUUCACAUACAGCGGGGAAGUGAAAUCCGAUUACAAGUGGUCACUGGAGACGCAUUUUAAUGGCAGGUGUGAACUGACAUAAUUGUGCUGUCCACUUGUGAUCGGAUCACGUAUGUUAAUGCCUGGGUCUGAACAGGGCCUUUGAUGAUACAACUCAAGCAAGUUUAAAGAAUCUGCUGAGUUUUAUAUCUUUUUUAAAAAAUGAAUGAAAACCAAAGGCUACCAUGGAAAUGUAUGUUUAAAAAAACUGCAUGCUUUGCAAAAUGGUUGGUGUAAAACAGUUAAUACAUUUUUAAAUAGUAAAAAGGCUAAAACAUGUCAAAUCAAUUGGGUUGUCAUAUAAAACCGAAAUUUCUUCUUAAAAGAAGAAAAACAAUAUUCAACAAAGACAAUAUCAUUUCAUUUUUUAAAUACAUUUUCAAGAAGUUCUCGGGUCAGGUGACAUUACCCACAUACUUAAAAAAAAUUGUAGCAGCAAUGGAAAAUGUGAAAAUCUUUUUUUUUUUUUUUUUUUUUAAUGAAACUAAGAUUCUGAGUUUGAAAAUCAGGCUGAAGUGAGCAAAUGUGUAGGGGUGGAAGAUUUGAGAGCGUGACUUCAAAUAUGAAUGGGAGGAAGGCUUAUCUGUGGUAUUGUGAAGUAAGCUACCACUCUGACCAGAGGGGGCUCAGCUCACCCAGCUCAGGUUACACAGAUGUGGAUGGGGAGGGUGAGGAGAGAACGAAUUUCCUGCGGCUGAGACAAGGAAAGGGGGAAGGGCGAGGGGGGGCCUGACCUCCUCUCCCUCAGCUUGAACAGUUCGGAUCUCAGGAAUAAGGAGGGGUGGGAAGAGAGAGAGAGAGAGAGAGAGAGAGAGAGAGAGGGCUUUGAUGGCUCUAUCCCACUGGCAACAGCCCAUGUGACCCAAAUUCUCCUGCUAGCUCAACAACAGUGAAGCCAAAGAGGAAACUUAAGCCUACAGUAGGUGACAGACCUUUUCUUUAGGGGUGCUUGCUGUAGGUGCUUUGCUCCUAGCUGUGUAUGUACCUAAUCACAUGUUUUAACCUUUCAAAAUGCAGCAUCCCACGGGUGGGAUGCUGCAUUUUGCCUCAGUAGCGCUUCUAUAGUUGUGUUUUGGUCUGUACCAGACUCAAUAUUCACAAACCUUUGACAAAUUAUACGAACAAUCAACAACCUUUUUAUUUUCACCACAUUUUCAGGCUUGUGCACAAAAACGGGGGUGUCUGGGAACAGGUUACAGCCUGCAUAUGGAUUCCACCCCUUAUUCUCAAGCAGUAGCAGUUGCGUUUCAUCAUACUGCAGCUUGUAUGCUGACAGACCAAGCAGAUACGUCACCCUGCUGCUCUGUUAGGCCUCCAGCUACGUGAAAACAGGCUGAGGUGGGACACCUUAACAGAUAAACAGACAGAGUUAAAGUUAACUGGACACUUGUACUGAAAGGAAGAAAAGGAAGAGCAUAAGCAGCCAACACAAGAAGUCUGGAGAUUGAUCUGUGGCCAGUCGAUAGCGGUUGCCAGGAAACGGUAUCCUGUGUCCAUCGCUCACCUCCUCAUCAUCAGGGUUGGGGGGGUUGGCAGACGCAGCUAAUCAGUGUUAAAAGCACCCCCACCCUCCUUUCCUCUCCUGUGCUGCUCUUCCACUGGUCCUACAGACACAUCAGUGAGUGCUUAGACAGUUGAGCGUCUGGACAGGCUCAGAAAAUGCAGACUCACUGACACAAUGUAGUAUAUGGAGGUUUUUUUUGUUUUUUUUUUAUCAAGCCUCCAUUUCUCCUCUGUAACCUCCGUACAGAGAGCCCACAGGGAGUUGACCACUUCAAAGCUAAAGUAACCUCCUCAAAGUUGAAAAAGUUGAGUGCACCUAAGUUUGCUUUUCUCUAAGUCACAGAUUGGGUGAAUGAGCAGUUUGAGAGAUUCUAUGUGAAGUGACUCUGACUGGGAUUGAAUUUAGUACAGUUUGUCUCUGGACUCAGAAGCAGAAGAGAAAUGUCGAAAGGUUAGGAAAAUUGAUUGAUGAAUGUUUGUGUGUGUGGAGGUGUUCAGUUUAUCAGCUCUACUCUAAAAGUGAGGCCUGUUUUCUGACUGUAAAUUUCCUCAUUGUCUUUAUCCCCACCCCUCUGCAUACUCAGCCCAGCCCUCUAAGCCCGAGGGGAUCAUAAUAACAACAAUGGCCUUCUCUCUCUCCUUCUCCGUCUCUCUCUCUCUUUUCACUCUCUUUCUCCUCCCCUCCCUAUUUUCUCUCUCCCUAAUACACACACAAAUACAUUAUUGUCUUCCCCAACCUCACCUUCCUCCCCUCUCAGGAAACUAGUCCAGGCCAAGGUCCAGCUUCACACAGCAAAGCCUGUUUUUAGAUCCACCUCCUUGUUCAGCAACAUUUAGCUCUGCCGAAGGCUUCACUUAAAAGCACUGUACCUGUCAGGUUUUGGGUUUGUUGAGCAAAGAUUUGGCGAGAGGACGUCACAUUUAAAAAUAAAGCUGAAAAGGCUGAAGUUCUUUUAUAUCAAUGCCAUGUUUGUUUUGAGGUGCAGGGUCUUGAUGCAAAGUUGAGGUGAGGUUAGGACAUCGCCGUGCUUGUCUGAGCUUUCAUCUCUCUCAGGAUGUGUUUCUGUAAACACUGCAUGUUAAGCUUUCCUGAUUCAACCCUGCUGUUUUGGCUCUGAGCACCGGCUUUAUGCUUUUCUUUUUUGUUAAUUAUAUGUUGAUGGACAUCUCUGUUAAAUUCAGAAGGUGGUAUUCUUUUAGAGGUGUCUUUGCUCUCCUCUCUGUUUACCCUUUGUGUCUCUCCAGCCUCCUGCGGUCGCAGUGUGUCCAUGCGCUGCCUAAUAACCACAAGCUUCAAAAAGCCAUUGCAUCAGCCCUGUGCAAAGUCUGAACUGUACCAGGAAAAAACAGAUCGAUAAAAAAAAAACAGACUGAAAAGAUUAAAGAUGAAAAAAAAAAUCUGUCCAAUAUGACAUAAAGUACA